ACCAGAUCGACGUAUAAUCACCUCUAUCUUUCUAACCUGCUGCAUAUAUUUUUGAUACCGUCUGAUGGCUACUAUUUUGGAAGUUACGUCCGUGUGAUACUAAACGCGAUAGUUUUAUUUUGGUUUUCAAAUUUAAAAAUUUUAAUUCAAAUGUCAGUACGGUCCAUACGCUAUACGCGUACGCAUCAUCGUCCAUUUUAGCUUAUCAAGCUCGUAAUCUUGGUUAUCUUCGUUAUCGAAUGAACGAGUGAUCAAUAAAUUGCAUCGUUCUCUUGUACUUACAGGUGCGAGAGCAGUUUGCAAGUGAAUCAGUGCUCAUUAAAGCGAUUAAUUCGCUGCUUACGGUUGCAGUAAUGUAGUUCACUGCACUCUGUAAGCACACAAGCAACAAACUUCUCCCUUCGUGUAAGAGAUGGCUAGUCAGCUGGGAUCGUUCGUGUUCUUCGAUUUGGAAACGACGGAUCUAAUCGGAAUAAAAACUCCGAAAAUAACCGAGAUUUCGCUGAUAGCAUGUUCCAGAAAACACUUGUUGGAUACAAAGCGAGGCGAACUUCCAAGAGUGCUUCAUAAGCAGACGUUUUGCCUUAACCCGCAGCGAAUGAUUCAUCCCAGAGCAUCGGAAACUACUGGACUUUACAAUGACUUGCUCGAAGACGAAAGUAAAUUCGACGAGAAUACAGCCCAGCUGAUAGUGUUGUUUCUGCGGCGCCUCCAAGCUCCGACGUGUCUGGUAGCGCAUAAUGGCAACCGGUUCGAUUUCGUGAUACUAAAAAAGGAACUAGAGUCAUUGAAUGCACAACUACCGGAUGAUACGUACUGCGUCGAUUCGUUGCCCUUGUUUCAAGCUUUAGAACAAGCCAGAGAACAGAAAGCAAAAGCUGCCCAGGAAAAUGCGGAUAAUGAACUUGCUGAUCUCGAGUUGUGCGCUCUCACGGCCAUGGAGGAGCUAGAGGGCAGUCCGAGCACACUGUCGCUGAUGCAAAAACGUAAUGAAACCACUCCUCAAAGAAGUAAAAUUACGGAAAAUUACAAAAGAGCAUUACGAUCAUACUUGGACAUAACUCCAUCUCAGGACGGAACGUCCUCUCAGCGAAGAAGCCCGCCACGAUCCAAACGACAACUUUUCCCCGAUGAUAAAUCAGUAAUGGAUCCGUCGUCUGGUGCAGACACGCCAACGACAUCCAGCCAGAAAUCAGCGAAGAAACGAUUUCGGCUUUGCGACGUUCACGAAAGAUUACUUGGCCAGGCGCCCAAAAUUUCUCAUUAUGCUGAAUGUGAUGUGAAGGCUUUGCUAAAGUGUGCAAUCGCCGAGGGACCGGAUUUUGUGGCUUACGCCGACGAGCAUGGCGUGAAAUUUAAAGACUUCUCCGGAUAACAUCUAUCGUUGUAUGUAGUUGUAUAUUUUGGAUGCUUUUACUUUCAAUUUAUUUUGUAUUAUUAGUUCCCAACUAACAAUUCAGAGCCACAAACCAGCAUGCAUGUUUAAUUAUUGUUCAAUAAUGGUAAUGGCAGCUGAAUAAUAAAUUUGCUCUAUAAAGAGCUGAGAAGGUGCUUUUUUAACACAAACUAAGAUCAAUGUUCAACGUUAUGCAUUAGAAUGAACGAAAGUUGAAUCGCCACUAAUUAAACGUUUCUAAAGAUUCUAAUUCGACUAGUCAAGAUUGUUUUACUAAUGAGCUGAACAAGACACGUUUCCCCCAAUUAAAAAGCCAAUA